AUGCUUUGUGCAAGUACAUUCGUGCGCCUCCAAAUAGCGCAACGGCGCAACUUUUUCGAGCGCGGCGUCAACACGGUCAGGUGGGCGAGGUUGCGACACUGCCAUGUUGCCAUCUUUGUUACACAUGGUCAUCUCCCUCCGUUUUCGUUGUCUCUUUCGCGCUCGUACGGACAUCUCGUCGGUGCGAUGGAUACGAUCAGACGAAUUCUCCGCGCACAAACGUCGCGCACCGAGCUGCGCCACCGACUGACUGGAAGGCAUAGUGUCGGUGCAAUAUGGUUGGGGAUACGUACAUUGGGCGGGUCGGGAGUCCGCACCUUAUGCGGAGCGCAAGCCCUGAGCUUCCUGGGCUACGCUCGGACCGACCCACAACCAGAUACAUCACAGAUUCAGGAAUUU